AUGUCUGCGGAGACCGCGGGCAGUUCGGCGAAGGCGGCAACGGGAAAAAUCAUCACUGCCCGGGAGUGCGACCUUGAAUCGAAAGACAGCAGUGCAACACACAUCCAAGCGGCGGAGAGGCAGACUGGGCGCUGGUUCCACUGGCACGAGCCAGGCACAUCGCCUGAGGAGAAGCGUCUCAUCUUCAAGCUUGACUGGUUUCUGCUGAGCUACUCGUGCCUAUGCUUCUUCAUCAAGUGGUUGGACGGGAACAAUGUCACCAACGCCUACUCAUCCGGGAUGGCAGAAGAGCUGGGCUUUGGGCCUGGCAAUGAGCUCUCUUGGAUGAACACUUAUUUCACCAUCGGCACCCUCGUCGGGGCGUCUUUCGCCAACCUUAUCAUCACUGUCGUGCCGCCUCGCAUCUGGCUGCCGUCCUGCCUGAUGACAUGGUCGCUUUUUGUCCUGUUCUUGUACAAAUGCAACACGGCUGCUCAGUUCUAUGCGCUGCGCUUUUGUAUCGGCCUUUUCGAGUCCGCUGCUUGGCCCGGCAUCACCUACACCCUUGGUUGCUGGUAUCGGAAAAGCGAGCUGGCGCGGCGUUCCGCUCUGUUUGUUAUCUCGGGCGUCCUGGGUCAGAUGUUCUCCGGUUAUCUCCAGGCCGCAUUAUACACCGGCAUGGGGGGCAGAGGCGGCCUUUCUGCGUGGCGAUGGCUCUUUAUUUUCGACUUCAUUUUGGCCGUGCCCGUGGCUGUCUAUGGUGUUAUCUGUUAUCCGGACACUCCACACACCACAAGGGCCUGGUACCUCAACGACUGGGAGAAGAAGCGCGCCCGGGAGCGCAUCGAAGAAGAGGGGCGCGAGCCCGCUGGGAAGCUCGACUGGACAGUUGUCCGACGCAUCUUUACCUCAUGGCAGGUCUACGCGUUCUCGAUAGGGUAUUCGCUCUGGUCCUUGACGGUUGGGAACUAUGUGAUGCAGUACUUCACACUGUAUCUCAAGAGCACCGGCAUGUACACCAUUCCUCAGAUAAAUAACAUCCCUACCGCCAUCGGGGCCGUCAACUUCUGCUUCAUGUUGGGCUCAGGCUUUGUGGCCGACAAGAUUGGAAGACGGGGACCGGUGUGUCUUGCCGUGGGCACACUCUUGGCCGCCUGCUACAUUGUGCUCACUGUGUGGGAUGUCCCACACCGGCUGAAGAUGGCUGCUUUUAUUUUGUGUGGAUGCUAUGGCUGCUACACACCCUUGCUGGCCGGAUGGACGAAUGAAACCUGUGGAGGGGAUCAACAGAAACGGGCCUUCAUCUUGGGAUUCAUGACGGCCGUGGGUGGUGCAGUGGCCAUUCCGUUCCAGCAGAUCCAGUUCGCAAGCUCCCAGGCACCUCACUUCAAAGAGACGCAUGGCUGGGGGAGUGGGCUGGCCAUGGUCAUUGCCCUAACACUCUGGACCGGCAUUGCAAUCCCGCUUCUACAAAAAUAUGGGGAGACCAAGGCUAAGGUGACUGAUGAAGAGGAAUAG